AUGCAAGACUCACGAGCUAAAAGAAAAGUGAUUGGUGAUGAAGAAAGAAUGAUUAAAUUUCCAUUUGAUUUGAACGAAGUUCCACCCAUCAGACUAACAGAUAUGCUUCGCGACUUCCAACUACAUCUUAAAGUGCGUGGCCAGCAAGGAACUACUACUUCAGCGGGACCCUCGCAGCUCUUGAAUAAUGACGAAGUGGAUUCUACUUUUGUGACACAAUUGGAGGAGGCACUCGCUGAAACAGACUGGACAGCAUUGAAAUCGCAUAUUGGUCAAUUAAACGAUGCUUUCCGUCAUAUGAAAGCGCCCCUUCAAAUUUUAUCGACGGAAUCGGCAGAUCUCAGCCAGUUCGGCCCCUAUUCUCGACUAAUUCUCUCCAUCGCUCUUCAACUCACACGGAUAUUCGAUGGCCAGGAAAUAAUUGAAGACGUCUGGAUUUACAUAGUGAAACACUUGAUACACUACGGAUUUAGCCGUAGAGAAGUGGAGCUAAUAUUGCGUACUGCUGGGUACGACGACAUCAAACUCUAUAUCACUUCAUAUGAUCAAAUCAUGGCUGCAUUGUCUGAAGAGGACAUUCUGAAUUUUGUGCUGCUCAUCGAACCUGAUUCCACCGAAAUCGCUGACAAAUUCGCUAUUCGUUCUGCCAACUUGAUUGCAAGCAGAACAGAAUUCGACCAAGCUCUCACAAAUAGCAAAUGGGCUGAUUUUCUAGGUACGUGGAACCGCGCCGGAUACGAUCGGGACAAGGUGGAAAAGUACCUUGAUAAAACCUUUUUAAGUGAGAGUGAUAGACACAACCUACUGAGAUACUAUACAGCACUCAUCAGUAAGCGUUCGGUAUGA